ACUGAGCCGAUAGAGGAAGAGCCGCUGUGGGUGCAGCAGUUCGUUAGCAUCAACGUUGCUGUUAGCAGGCAGCGCCGACCGGUGACUCGCGGGGGUGUAAUUAUAAAAACACACGGUCUGUUCAGCAGAAGUUGUGACCAGAGAACUCUCUACCGACCGCUUCGCCAGGAUGAGCUUCCUGUUUGGCAGUCGCUCAUCUAAGACCUUCAAGCCCAAGAAGAACAUCCCAGAGGGCUCCCACCAGUAUGAGCUGCUGAAACACGCAGAGGCAACGCUGGGCAGUGGCAACCUGAGGCAGGCUGUCAUGCUGCCGGAGGGAGAGGAUCUGAACGAGUGGAUCGCUGUCAACACGGUGGACUUCUUCAACCAGAUCAACAUGCUGUACGGCACCAUCACCGAGUUCUGCACUGAGACCAGCUGCUCUGUGAUGUCUGCUGGACCAAGAUAUGAGUAUCACUGGGCAGAUGGCACCAAUAUCAAGAAACCUAUCAAAUGCUCUGCGCCAAAGUACAUCGACUACCUGAUGACCUGGGUGCAGGAUCAGCUGGAUGAUGAGACACUUUUCCCCUCCAAGAUUGGAGUUCCCUUUCCCAAGAACUUCAUGUCUGUGGCAAAAACCAUCCUGAAGCGUCUGUUCAGGGUUUACGCUCACAUCUACCACCAGCAUUUCGACUCUGUGAUGCAGCUGCAGGAGGAAGCCCAUCUCAACACCUCCUUCAAGCAUUUCAUUUUCUUUGUUCAGGAGUUCAACCUCAUCGACAGGCGAGAGCUUGCUCCACUGCAGGACUUGAUUGAGAAGCUUGGAUCCAAGGACAGAUAGACAUUUCACCACAUUCAGUAUCUCCUUUUUUCAACAAUUUCCCUUUUCUCCUUUUUCCAUCUUUGUGACCUCUGCUACCUCUAUGACGUCUAGUCUCAACUCCUAAAAUCUGUGCCUUCUUUUCAUCUCCUCAAUGUUUGUACUGUAUUUUUCCUUUUAUUCCUUCUGUUGUCUUUUUUGCUGUCUUUGAGCCUAUUUUCCCACUUUGCCACUCUAGAUCAUAAAUAGUGUAGUGUAGACAAACCAUUUUUAACAGGAAUGUGUGGUUAAUGACUUUCUUAAGGGAAACCUACUGAAUAUUACAUUGGACCAAGGACAUUUGGAACUUAAAGUGAAAUCCAUCUUCUUCCUUCAGAAGUGUUAUGAUUGUCCAAAAAACUUUUGGUUAUUGAGGCAAUUUUCUUUUUAUUGUGAACUUUUAGCAAUUGUUAUUACAAUGACUGACCAAAUAUCCCAACAUUAGAUUAUUUUUUUUUUUAAACAUGUCUGUCUUUCGUGUACAGUGGAGGGGGACAUGUAAGAUGGCACGAAAAAUAGUGACAUGUAACAGGCCUUGAGGAUUUUUCAUCUAUGACAAUACAAGUGUGUAGAAGGUAUUUUCAGUCUAACCUGAAGGCAGGCAAUAAAUUAACUGUUGUAUAUUGUAUAGCUCUGUCACAAGCUGGCUGACAUCUGAUAUCCCAUGUACAGUGGGGUCCAAAAGUCAGAGGCCACUUGGAUGGGGAAGUGGUUUUGGACUUGUAGACCCCAUAGUAUUGUAACAUUAUUCCGACUUACUCUUAGGGUUGGUCGACCACAGGACCAUGUGAUGACGAUUGUGAGAUGCCUUUGAUCUUGCCCAACAAAAAACACGACCACCAACUGCAUUAAAGCCAUUUCAAUUUGGUCAUGCAAUAUUGUUUUUUGCACAUUUUUCAGCUAUUUUCUUUAUUAAAAUGGUUAAAAGCUAGAUAGAGUGCUUAUAGAGAAAUUUUAAAUUUGAUAGUUAUUAAUAGCCACUUAACGCUUGUAUAAUGACCCUGUAAAGGAGUAGUAUGGUAGAAAACCUAUAUAAAGCAAAAAUAGUCAAAUGUGAAUUUUUUGUUUUACUGUCAUUUUAGUUCAUUUCUGUGGUGCCCAUUAAUUCUGGAACUCUUCAUGAUUGUUCUUUCAAUGCUGGUACUAAUUCUCUCCCCCCCCCAAAUGUCUUCCCUUGGAUUGGAAAAUGAUGUAAUAACUAUUGCACCUGUGAGCGAUAAGAAUGAGUUACCUGAGAUGUAUGUAGUUUUUGACAGAAGCCUUAUUCGUCUUGGUGCAUGUAUCAUGGUCAUUUCCUCUGCUUUACUCAGGCUACAACAGCAGGGCUGUUUGUACUGCCAUCCUUUUUAAAAACCCAUGUAGCUAGUAUUUCUGAUGAAUGUUCUGUUUGGCGAAGUUUGAGCAAGAGAAUCGGUCAUAUCAAGACAAUCAUGUAACCAACUGAGAGCUGUUAGAUAACUGUAAUGCAUCACCAGGAACCAACCAAUGUGAUUAGGUGCGGUAGAGUGUUCAUCUUAUAAUUCAACACUUUUUAAGAAAUGCUGUUCCCCUACGUUGUCUUCAACAAUUUGAACAUUUAAGUGUGAUAUUUUUCCCACUUUUAUGCCCUCAAAUUGCUUGCUUGGAAAAUAAAAAAUCAAGCCAGCAUCCAUGUCCAUAUGUUACUUAUCUAUGGGCGUAUCAAUAUAUAUUUUGCAAGACUGAUUCAUUUUACAGAUUCUAUUUGAAUAUACAAUUAGUCCUUUCUUUCAAUCAAGUCCCGGUUUUGAAAUGUAUUGCUUUUUGUUACACAUUUCAUAUUACAUUGUAAAAUAAAUUGUUGACGCAACCUUUUCAAAUAAGGAAACAAGGGCUCUGAAAUGAAUUAAAGUUUUAUAUAUUUGCAA